CUCUGUUUUGUAACUCAAAAAAAAAACAUUUUUUUUUUUUAUUUCUCUUACUCUCUUUCUUUUUAUAUUAAACUUUUUUAUAACUUACUAGAAAAAUUCUUGUUGAAUAUUUCAUCUAAUCAUGACAAGUAUUCUCUCUGAUCGCCAGAAAGAUGAGUUACACAAGGCUAUAUUGGAUUACCUCAGUGCGAGUGGAUUUACAGAAUCCUUUAAUACUUUGAAAUCUGAAACACAUAACGAAAAUUUCGCCUCUGACCCAAAGCAAAAGUAUUCGGGUUUAUUAGAAAAGAAGUGGACUUCAGUUAUACGAUUACAAAAGAAGAUCAUGGAAUUGGAAACAAAGUCAGCACAAAUGCAGGAAGAAAUCAAUAAUGCACCUAUCCGGAAACAAACAAGUUCAGUCGAUUGGAUCCCUCGCGCCCCUGAGAAACAGAGCAUGACAGGUCAUAGGAGUCCAAUCACUCGUGUCGUCUUUCAUCCUGUCUAUCAAAUCUUAGCAUCCUCUUCUGAAGAUUCAACUAUCAAAAUUUGGGAUUAUGAAACGGGUGAAUUCGAAAGAACAUUGAAAGGGCAUACAAAGGCUGUACAAGAUAUCGCUUUUGAUCCCAAAGGCAAUUUCCUUGUGUCUUGUUCCGCUGAUCUCACAAUCAAGGUAUGGGAUGUCAAUAACGAUUACAACUGUAUCAAGACUUUGUUUGGUCAUGACCAUAGUGUAUCUUCAGUUGAUUAUUUACCUUCGGGCGACACCAUCCUAUCAUCAUCACGUGACAAAACCAUCAAACUAUGGGACGCCUCCUCAGGUUAUUGCUUGCGAACAUUAAGUGGACAUUUGGAUUGGGUAAGAUCAGUUGUACCCAGUGAAGAUGGUCGAUAUCUGAUUACAGCAUCCAACGAUCAAACGGCGAGACUUUGGGAUAUUCAAACGGGAGAGUCAAAAAUGGAAUUUAGAGGUCAUGAGCAUGUACUUGAAUGUGCUAUUUUUGCACCCAUUAAUUCAUACCCGUAUAUUCAAGAGUUAAUUGGUGAUGAGAAUAAAUCAAAAGACCAGUUACCCGGACAGUAUGUUAUUACGGGAUCCAGAGACAAAACAAUAAAGAUCUGGAAUACAAAUGGACAAUUAUUACACAAUAUGGUUGGACAUGAUAAUUGGAUUCGAGGAUUGGUGGUUCAUCCCAGUGGAAAAUACUUGCUGAGUGCUUCGGAUGAUAAAACAAUCAAGAUUUGGGAUUUAAAGACUGGACGAUGCUCUAAAACACUGGAAGCUCAUUCACAUUUUGUAACCUGCAUAGCUUACUGUCAUACCAGUCCUGUUGUUGCAACAGGUAGUGUCGAUCAAACAAUUAAACUUUGGCAAUGUCGAUAAGUAAAAAAAAAAAAAGAAAAGAAAGAAAGAAAGAAAGAAAAAAAGCCUAUUCCAAUACCACCUUAUAAAGAUUUUUCCAUAUUGUUAUAAUUUUUUUUUUAUAUAUCUUUUUACUUUUUUCUAUAUAAUUUCCCCCAAUCACACAUAUUACACCCUUUUUUUUUAUUAUUAUUAUAUAUAUACAUAUAUCUCCCCCCCCCCCAACCCCCUUUUUU